CAUAUUUGACGUUUUGUGGAUUUAUAAUAUGAAAACAUAAGUGUUGUGAAACUAGCAAAAGAAUUUAACUCUAGGCUGCAAAUAUUAUUCAAUAUGAAUAAGGUAUUGUUUGGUUUACUUGCGAAAAGUGCUCAUUUAAGAAUACCACAGCAGUCAUUACAUGCAUUGAGAAGAAGCUACUGUUUUAAAAGCGAUCUAUCGCUGGAUAAAAUUUAUUCCAAUAGCAAUUUACGACUGUAUACUCCAGCUCCUCCGUCAUCAACAGAGAAUAAAUUUAAUGGAUACAUACCGCUAGACAAAAUAGAUAUCACAUACAGUCGCAGUAGUGGCCCAGGUGGGCAAAAUGUUAACACCGUUAGCACAAAAGUUGAUGUCCGCUUUCAUUUGGGAACGGCCAGCUGGCUGCCCGAAUCGACUCGGGAGCGAUUGGCUGCUUCGCAUAAAGGGCGCGUCACCAAGGAUGGUUAUUUCGUAAUCAAGAGUGAACUCACCCGUUCCCAGCAGAUGAACACGGCAGACGCCCUGGAAAAGUUGCGUACAUUUAUACGCGAAGCUGAGAAACCGCAAACUGCAGAACUUUCGCCCGAAACGAUCGAAAAGUUGCGCCGUCGACACGAAAAAGCUGUCCGGGAAAGACUAGCUGUUAAGCGGAAUCGGUCACAAACUAAAGCGGAUCGUCAGUCACCCUCAAUGUGAAGCAUUAAUUUGUUGAUAGAAAUAUAGAAAUCAUUGAAACUGCCAAUCAGAGUUUCGGAACUAAGACAUAAAAAUGAAUAUUGUAUUUGUUUCUUCAACUUCAACCAGAGUCAAUUCCGAUUGUUUCAUUUUGGUUCAUCGUGUUAAAGUAAAAUCGGUAUAUUUAACAACGAUUUUUAACUUUUCGCUCA